GAUGAUGAUGGAAAUAUUACCUUAAUCCCUAGAUAAACCCACUUAAAGCAGCCGUCAAAUUAAUUUGAAAUGAAUACCCGAAACCGCUAGAUUUUUGCAUUGCAUUCACAAAAUUUUGCUGUGUUUUUCUAGCUCUUAAAUUUUUCUCAAAGUAAUUCGUUAAAAAUAACUAAAUAGAUUUUUUUUCUUUUCGUUUCUCAUACAGAACUAUUUUGUACGUUUUCUUUUCUAAAUUUUCAUUUGAGAACCAAGAUAUAUCUAAUUUUGAAGAAAAUUGGAUUCAUAAUAUAAAAAUGAAUUCAGUCAAAAUUUUCGCAGAUGAUUUCCAACAUGUAGAAGUAGAAACAAAUAAGUGUGGAAAAAUUCAUGUUUAUGUUCAAGGUGAUCUCAACAAUGUUGAGAAAAAAGCCAUAUUUUUAACUGUUCACGAUAUAGGAAGUAAUCAUUCCACUUUCCAAGAUUUUGUGGAGCACCCCUGUAUGUCCGAAAUCAAACCCAGAUCUGUGUUCAUUCAUAUCGAUGUGCCUGGUCAAGAUGACAAUGCCGAUGACCUUCCCAAUGAUUUUCAGUUUCCUACAAUUCAACAGAUGGGUGAAGAUCUUGUCUGUGUUUUAGAUCAAUUGAAGGUUAAAUUAGUUGUGGGAUUUGGAGAAGGAGCCGGAGCAAACAUAUUAGUUAGAUUUGCUCUCGCUCAUCCUUCCAGAGUAUUAGGAUUAGUUCUCAUUCACUGUGUAUCAACUGGUGUAGGAAUGAUGGAAUAUUUUAAAGAUAAGUUUAUGAAUUGGAAACUUUCAAAUGUUGGCAUGAAUCCUUCUACUGAACAAUAUCUUGUGCUGCAUAAAUUUGGAGCGCAACUGGAAAGUGUGGAAAACAAAGAAACUUUGAUCCAAGAUUACACAGAAAAGUUAAAAAAUAAAAUUAAUGCCAAGAAUUUGCGUCGAUAUGUUGAAUCUUACAUGAACCGAAAAGAUAUUACAAGUGCCAUAGAAACUAAUCUUAAAACCAUGGAUGUGCUGUUGGUGAGUGGUGGAAGAGCUGCACAUCUACAGGCCGUCCAGAGUCUUUAUGGUCGUAUGGAUAAACAAAAGACUUCAUUCCUGAAACUGGAUAGCGUAGGAGACGUCUUUGCACAAGCACCCGAAAAAUUAUCCCAAAGCUUACUGCUGUUUGUUAAAGGACUUGGAUAUUUGACAUCGGUAACAAUGCCAGGAGUUGAGCGACAGAGGACAUUCUCAGGGGGUGAUCCAAAGUCUCUGGGAGCCAUUGGUCGACGGCGCACUCUUUCCAUGGAGGAGUACGACAUGCCCCGGCCAAGACGACUUUCCCUCACCAUCCCGCAAAAGUGAAAUUCGUAAAGAGUGGACAUUGUGUCAACCCCCUCUGUACAGAGGGCGACAAAAACUUUCUUUUGUGUACAUGAUUGCAAUUAAACUGGAAAAAAAAAAUGUUUCACCAGGAAGCUUUUUGAAUAAGUAGGCAGCGUUAUAUCUCUAUUAAAAGGUUUCCUUUUCGGGCACGCUGUCUCUAAUUGAUUGUUAAGCUAAACCCGUUCUAGGUAAGUCUUGGGAUCCAAUUCAUUUGGGUCAUACAGUUGUACAUAUAUACAUAGAAUAAUAAAGAGAGGUUCGGAAAAAAUAUGUGUGUACAUGCCACUAGCUAAUAUAGAAUUAGCUUAUACCCUUUAUUUGAAGUUAGUGGUUUGUACAUUCGUGAAUUGUAAAGGGACCUCUUAUAUUUUUCCCUUUAUGAAAAAAAAAUAUAUUGUUAAUGAAAACGUUUUAAGUUUUUAUUUUUAAAUGUUAUACACGACAUUUACUCUUAGCACAUUUUCUGCUGUCUUUUUUUUCGAAGUUAAAAAUGUUAUGUGAGUUCAUAUAAUUUGUGCGCGUCUUAGUAUGUAACUUUUUUACUGUAUAUUAAAUACUUGCACUUGAUUUAAUGAAAAAGAAAAUGUUAUGCCCUUGCUUUUGAAGUAUUUGUCAGUGCAAAGCAUAAUUUUGAUUAAUGUUGACACCUGCUGUAUUUUAUCUGUACAAAUGAGUUUAUUAAAUUUAUGUAAAAGUUUAAACUUAUAUGUACAGAAAGCUUUUGCAUUCUAUUAUCCCAAGUGCUUUUCCAAUGCAAAACACCUUAACUCAAUACAUCAGAGCUACUUUAAUUCAUUGCAAUAGAGUUCAUUGUAUAUUUUAGAGAAAUUCAUGUGUUUCAUUAUUUGCUUGUGUAAUCAUAAACGAAGCCACAUAUUUCUAAAUUUUUAAUGUAGUCAGUGUCCCUCAUCGUAUUUGUGUAGUAAGAGAUGACUUUAAUGGAGAUAUGUAGCGUAGAUUUCAGGUGGCAGAUUUAGCACUUGUAAUAUUUCUAACUAUGUGCAGCUAACAAUUUUACAGAAAGGAAUCAACUCUAUUGUGUCAUUCAGUGAUACAAAAUCCUUAGGCUCUUUUGUUCAUUUUAAAGAUGUCUUAAAUUUUCUUUACAAGAUUAAUUUUGUUUGAAUCAUCUAUGUGGUCUUAUUUUAUGAACUGUAAAAAUAGAAUAUUUUUACAGCUCAUGAGAAAAGCACAGUAAUGAAAAUUUAGCUGCAUAAAGUGCAGAGAUAUAAACUUCAAUUUAUAUAUGCUAACAAUUAUGAACUUAACAAUAAUUAUUAAUUCUUCUUUAAAGAUAUAAAUAAUUAAUGGUAUUUUAGUUAUUGUACUUGAAUUUGGAAAAAAAUAUUUAUGCAAUUUGAUUAAUAACACUUUUACUAUAGAUUUUUCUGUCACAAAAUGCAUUGACUAAUGUGUGUUAUACGUUUUAAAGUUUUGAUAUAUAUUUAAAGAAAAUUUAUUGGAUUUUAUUACUUUCUAAAUAAUAAUUAAAGUUUAACUUUUAAUGAUUUUUGUAAUUAACAUUUUAUUAAACUUUAACAUUUUUUACACACCAUUUUUGAUAUGAUUAUUUAUCCUGCAUAAGAAAAACAAAUUUACAUAUACAUUUACUUAAGAUUCUAAAUAUUGACUCACAGUAUUUAAACAAUCAAUAAGUUCUUUCUUUAAUUAUUUUUGUCUUGCUUCAUUUUAUGCACUUAAUUUGAAACUACGUUAAUUAAACAGCUUUAUAAUACUAAUUGAUGAAUUUUCUAUUUAUUAUUGAAUUGUAAAAAGGCUGAAGAUUUCUCAAAAAUCUUUAUAUACGAUUUUAUUCAUAUUACUGAUGAAACAAGUAGUGAAAGGAAACAAAAGUUGGAUUUCCAAAAUAUAACUUUCAAAUGACAUUCUUUUUUAUGAAAUUAAAAGUUUAUGUAAAUAAAAAGGUACUGAAGUAUAUUUAAAAUUUGGAAAAAAAAUAUUUUAGUUUCAUUAUAUAAAUGUUUAAUGUUUGUCACAUACAUGAUUGCGUUAAAAAAUAGCAUUCUCAAGAAUUUUCAAAUAUAAAUAAAAAAAGAAUGAAAAAAAAGGAAUUGUGAAAUUACGCUUUAGCCUUGAGUAAAUUAAUUACCUCUUUCCAUUUCAAUUAUUUAAUUCAGCUGUUGAAGGAUGGAGACUAUGAAUUUUUAAGCCAAAAAUAGCGUUUAGAAUAAUUAACAUUUAGUUUUCAAAAAUAUCUACCCAUUGAAAAUGAUAAAUAAGAAAUGAAAUGUAUUACCCUAAAGCAAUAAAUAACUUAAAUUCAAUACAUGAAAUUUUGCAGGAAUUCACUUUCAGAUAUUGUUAGCAAUUUCUUUUUAUUUACGCAUUGCCUUAAUUCGAAAAUCACAAGUUAUUUUUGGAAAAUAAAAAUUUUAUAAUGCGUUGAUCUUUAAAAUUCUUCUGAAAUCAAAAAUUAAUAUUUUAGACUAUAAAAUUUACAAAUUGUAAUAACAGAAAUGUUACUACUGUAUAAAUGUAUAAUUUUUUUUUUCUUUUAAAUAUUCUGCAAUAACUGAAUAUUUUUUUCCUAAUAUUAUAUCUCACUUUUAUGUAUUCUUCACAUUUAACGCUUUUUAUUGGUAAUUUGAGAUUUUAAAUCAAUGUUGCUUGUUUAAGGAUUACAACUGCUGUAUCAUAAUUAAUCAGAUGCUAGAUUUGGGUGAUAUAGAAAAGAUUUAAAAGUUGAAACUAGAAAAACUUUGACCAUCUCGUUUAAAGACAAACUAUUUCAUAAAUUUUAAUUGUUUCACUGAAUGUACUGUGUGUGUUGAAGUAAUUAUGCAAUUAUGAUCUAAAGCUAAAGCAGGCUUAAUAGCAAAGCUUCUGCUCUUUCGGGUACAGAUAUCUUUCCCAGUUCAAGGUACUGUUUUAUUACUCAUUUUAGCUAUGCAAAACUGAACUGGCUAGUAAUAUCUGGUUAGAAAGUGAUAUUUGUUAAAAAGAAAUGCUUCAAGUAUAUUUUUAAAGUAGUGAAUUUAUUUCCAGACUUCCAGUAUUCUGUAUACCCUGCUGUUAAAGAUGUAGCCUAUUCUUAUAUUUAAGCAUUUCUAGAUACUAAGAAUGCACACUAUGAUAAAAGAAAAUAUGUGUACAGCAACAUUAACAUGUGAUUUAACUGUGAAGCAAUACAAUAUACAUUGUUAAAAGCUAAGCACCUAUAUGAUGUUAAUCACCAAAACCAUGUUAGCCCUGAAGCCUUUAGAGUUAAUAAUUUUAAUACUUUUACCUAUUACCACAGUACUAUUUAAAAAAAAUUCUUUGAGGAAGAAUUGAAUGGAAGGGUUAAGUUGUUAAGUUUUAAAAUUGCUAAUUAUAUAAUUAAAAAGAAUUAUUUUUUAAAUUAUUUUUGUUUUACGUAAUUAUUUUUCCAAAUCAAACAAAAUGCUUGUAUUGAUAGGAGGAGGAAUCGCUAAUUUUUACAAAAUCAAAAAACUUAAAAAAUAAAUACAUUAAACGAAAUAAGCAGUUGUUUGAUACAAUGUUUUCAGAUAAGAAAAAACUAAAACAGGAGUCAAAAUUUAUACACAAGCUAAUAGAACAGAGAAAAAAAUCUAACUUUUUCUCGCCAUAUUAUAUGCUUAUUAUAAGAUUGAAUUUUAAAAUAUUCUAGCUAAUAAUAGUUUAUUUCGAAAUCUUGUAUAUUGCCUUGUAUUACUAAUAAACUAUUUUAUACUUUUAAGACAUUUUAGUCAUAAAUUUCCUUAGUAAGUUGCCUGCUCUUUUUGCUAAUAUUAGGAAUUUUUAGAUUUAUUUUUUAUAUGUUUAUGCCCAUUAUUAAAGUUUAUAACUCAAACGUUUUAAGAAAACUUGAAAAAAUGUUCGUGUCCUAUAAUUGUUAAAGAGCACAUAGCAUUAAUAUCUUGAAAAAUGCAAAAUUGUUUUUAAAAAUGAAAAAAAAAUUUUAUACAUAGUACAUACAAAUAAAACUGUUCAGGGUUAACAUGGAAAUUUUAUCAAAAUAUUUCUUUUAUAUUUUGUAACUUAUUUACCUUUUAAAUAAUCAACAUGCAAUUUAUUCGUUUUAUCGAAAAAUUUUACAAAUUUAUGUACCAUAUACAAUGCACAUUUUUUUGCAGUUAACAGUUGUUGUAAUGGAAAAAAAUACCAUUGAAGAUUGUUCUCAGUGUUACAAUCUGCUACUGUUAUUGCAGUCUUUAUAUAAAUUUACUGUAUAUGGCACAGAGAAGGAAAAUAAAAGUUGCUAAGUUGUGCAAAA